UCGCUAUUGCACCAGCUCCCCGAUCACACGGGGCCGUCCUUGAACGUCACGUUUAUGAAAUGGAUCUAGUGUGAAAUCCCGUCAACUGGUCCACGCGCGACCAGUGAGGCGCACGAACAUUAUUCCCAAUUGGUUCCGUCCAGCGCGUGCUGGUCGAUCAGUUUGCGUGCGUGCGUACGUACGUACGUGCGUGGGAGUGUGUAUGUCCGAGCACAUAUGCGAGAGCGCGCGCGCAUACGUGCAUAUAUGCUGGGCGCUUGAAACGCAGCAGACCCAAAGAGCAAAGCAGGGCAGCACCGAGCCUCAAGAAAGAAAAGCAGAGCAGAGCUAAGAGCUCGGCUAGCAACCAAGCGCACGUUUCAGGGCGAGACAUGAUCGCUUCCACAGCCGGAAUCCUUUUGCUCCCGCUGCUAAUAUGCCUCCAACAUUGCACGAGCGUUCGUGGAACUAAAACAGAAUGCGAGGCCAACCAAUUUCAGUGUGAAAAUGGUCGUUGUAUCCAGUCUGUUUGGAAGUGUGAUGGGGACGAGGACUGCAGUGAUGGCAGUGAUGAACGCUCGUGUGUCAAAAAGGUUUGUCCAGAUGCAGACUUUGUAUGUCGUAAUGGCCAGUGUGUUCCAAAGAGGUGGCAGUGUGAUGGGGAGCCAGACUGCGAGGACGGCUCAGACGAAAGUGUCGAAAUUUGCCACAUGCGGACUUGCCGUUUGAAUGAGUUUAGCUGUGGAGCAGGUUCCACUCAGUGUAUCCCCAACUUCUGGAAGUGUGAUGGUGAAAAGGACUGUGACAAUGGAGAAGAUGAAGUGAACUGCGGUAAUGUAACCUGCGCUCCAAACGAAUUCACGUGCACCAGUGAACGCUGCAUCUCCCGAAACUUUGUUUGCAACGGCGAGGACGACUGUGGGGAUGGCUCGGAUGAGGUGGGCUGCGCGCCUUCUUCCUGUGGCCCAAGUCAAUUCCAGUGUGGAAAUUCCUCAUGCAUCCCAAAUAGUUGGGUAUGUGACGAGGAUGUCGACUGCCAGGAUCAGUCCGAUGAGUCGCCGUUACGGUGUGGUCGUCACCCAACCCCACCAGCCAAAUGCUCAACGAGUGACAUGCAAUGCAUUUCCGGAGAGUGUAUUCACAAAAAGUGGAGGUGUGACGGCGACUCUGACUGCAAAGAUGGCAGCGAUGAAGCAAACUGUCCAGCUGCACGCACCUGUGGAGCAGAUCAGUUCAAAUGUGACGACGGGAACUGUAUCCUGGGCAACAGACAAUGUAACGGAAUCCGAGAGUGCGCUGAUGGAUCAGAUGAGGUCAACUGCAAAAACUCGACGCAAUGUCGUGGACCUGAGAGGUUUAAAUGUCGUAGUGGGGAAUGUAUUGAGAUGAGCAAAGUAUGCAACAAGAACCGAGACUGUCCAGACUGGAGUGACGAACCCAUCAAAGAAUGUGAUGUCAAUGAGUGCCUAAUGAACAAUGGGGGCUGCUCGCAUAUCUGCAAAGACAUGACAAUUGGCUUUGAGUGUGACUGCACGCCCGGGCUGCAGCUCAUUGAUCACAAAACCUGUGGAGACGUCAAUGAGUGUCUGAACCCAGGCAUCUGCAGUCAGAUCUGCAUUAACCUGAAAGGAGGAUACAAAUGCGAAUGCCACAACGGCUACCAGAUGGAUCCAACGACAGGAGUCUGUAAAGCUGUAGGUAAGGAGCCCUGUCUGAUUUUCACAAACCGUCGUGACAUUCGUCGUCUGGGUCUGGAGAGAAAGGAGUACACUCAGAUUGUGGAGCAGCAGAGGAACACGGUGGCUCUGGAUGCAGAUUAUGACCAGCAGAUGAUAUUUUGGGCUGAUCUGGGACAGAAAGCCAUAUUUAGCACUGUGCUGGACAAACGAGGCGACGUGAGCACCCACAACAAAGUGAUAGAAAAUGUCCUCUCUCCCGUUGGCAUCGCCGUAGACUGGAUAUACAAGAACUUGUACUGGUCCGAUCUGGGUACCAAAACCAUUUCCAUUGCAAACUUUAAUGGAACCAAGCAGAAAAUUCUGUUUAGUAGUGGCCUGAAAGAACCAGCUUCCAUUGCUGUGGAUCCUCUGUCUGGUUUCCUGUACUGGUCUGACUGGGGUGUGCCAGCCAAGAUCGAGAAGUCUGGUAUGAAUGGAGUCAACAGGCAGAUUCUGGUGGCGACAGACAUCCAGUGGCCAAAUGGAAUAACCCUUGAUCUAAUCAAAGGACGGCUGUACUGGGUCGAUUCAAAGCUACACAUGCUCUGCAGUGUUGACCUGAAUGGUGACAACAGGAAGAAAGUGCUACAAUCUUCAGACUACCUUGCGCACCCCUUUGCUCUUACUGUUUUUGAGGAUCGUGUCUUCUGGACAGAUGGCGAGAAGAAAGCCAUCUACGGAGCUAACAAAUUCACAGGAAUGGACAUUGUGACACUCGCCAACAACCUGCAUGAUCCACAGGACAUCAUAGUGUACCAUGAGCUCAUUCAACUUUCUGGAACAAACUGGUGUGCGGAGAAAGGUCCAAAUGGGGGCUGCAGCUACAUGUGUCUACCUGCACCACAAAUCAACAAACACUCUCCCAAAUUCACUUGCCUGUGUCCACAAGGGCAGGAAUUGGCUGCUGAUGGUCUACUCUGCAGACCUGACCUUUUGACCAAAAGUCCAACAAAGGAGGAUGGGGAACCUGUCUUGCCGCCCUCCCCAGAAGCCAAUGUGAGUACGUCGAUUCAGGUAAACACCACGGCCAGAGGUUCUGCAGCAGCUUGGGCCAUACUACCUGUCUUGCUGCUUGCCAUGGCGGCAGCAGGCGGCUAUUUGAUGUGGAGAAACUGGACGUCGAAGAACCAGAAAAGCAUGAACUUUGACAACCCAGUCUACCUGAAGACCACAGAAGAAGACCUCAACAUUGACAUCACACGGCACGGCGCAAAUGUGGGACACACAUACCCAGCAAUUUCAAUAGUGAGCACGGAGGAUGAUCUAUCGUGACCAUGUUGGGUCCCACCCAUCUCCCCUCUUCUGUCUCUCCCCUUUGGUUUUUAAGGGAACUCAUGGUGCUGAGCAUGUUGUCCCCUUGUUUCCCACGCUGCUGGUUGUCCCGUCAGCACCAGUUCGAUUGCUCACAGUACGACAUGCCUUCUGAAGUGCAUUAAAUCAUUAUCAGUGGUGACAGUAACUGAAAGAUGUUAUUUAUUUUGUAAAUAAUGCUUUUGAUUUUGUUUUUGUUUUCAUUGUCCUGGUUUCCAAGCUUCCCUGCCCUGAAGGCAAUUUGACAGUCUUUUCCCGCCCUUUUCCGGAAAGAAAGUGAAAUCAUUAGUCGGUAGAAUCUUGCUGAGCUGUUUUUUUGUGCUGGGUGGGGUGGGGUGGGGUGGGGGGUCUUGAAAUUGCGCAGGAGACCAGUCCUGCUCUCACCAAACAGAUCAAGUCUGCCGGGCAGGUUUCACAACUUGAUCAAAACUACAUCUUGCCUUUUUUAAACCUACAGGCUCUGUGUGUGGGAAAUUGUCUUCAGUUAAAAUAUCAAAUCAUGUUUGCAAUACCUCUUAGUAGUAUGAAUCUUUAAUUCUAUUAUUGACAGCAGGUUUUCAGCAUUUCUAAACAUUGUACAUAUUUAGUCAUCGUCUCAGGCUGUCAAUCAGGAUUCUAUUCAAUGCACUUUGAUCAAAUGUUUUGUGUAAAUAAGAUUGUAUACAUUUGGGAUAUGGUUGGCCAUUGUACCAAGGUUAUGAUUCAAAUGUGCUGAACAUAGCCAGGGGGGAGGGUGCAACACAAUUUGGUAAAACUAUUUUGUAUGUUUGCUGUGGCUGUUGAUCUUUUCUAGCCUUGUACAGUUGUUUAAACAUUUGAAAGCUCUGUAUCUGUGGGGAAGAAUGAUUUGAAAACUAAUUAAAUUAAAACUCUAAUCCAGAAAUUUGUUCCAA